UCUCUGCGCGCUGGCGGCUGAUCACAUCAGAUCCUCGCGGAGCUGAAGCUGCUCGGUCGGUCCGCCGCUUCUCAGGGAAGUUUACCGACAGAAAAGAGUCCAGAAAAAGUCCAUCGCUUCAACCAGCCCGCUUUUACUCGUCGCUUCCAGCCCCGGAGGACCGAGAGCAGCGGACGGAGCGGGACCGUGUCGGUGAAAGCGAACGGCGGCGGCGCGAGCAGCCGCUGGAGGAGACUUUACGCACGUUUUUUGUGGAAGCGGAGAAACCGCCGCGUUCUCAGAGAUGCUUUGAGUGAGGCGAGGAUGCAGCGCUGCACCAUUUCAUAGUUGUUUGCUCGCUGCCGCUGCUCACAAUCAGCACAUUCAGUUGGGAGGCCCGAGGAUUUAUCGAGGAUUUAACUGUGAUAUAAAACUCUUUAAAGUUGAACCUCUCAGGAGCCUGAGCUUUCACUUCACAGACUCACAUGGUUCACCUCAGAGAUGCUCAGCCGUGAGAGGAAGCUUUCCUUGCAGGGUUUCAGCGGUGAGAAUCUGAGACGAACAAGGGGACAGACGACCCUCGGCUGACGUUUGUUGGAUGUCGUUCACCUACGAGGCCUUUCUCCUGCCAGGACGACGUCACAGAUAGCAGACAAUGUCGGCCGACAACAGCCCGCCGCCUCCGCCGGCCUCGCCCAGGUCUUUCCCCGCCCACCCUCAACAUGUGGCCCCGCCCACACCGUCGCCAUCGCCCAGCCCGCCCGCCACCCUCUGCAGCCGGCUGUCCAACGGCAGCCAGACGGCCCCCAGCCCCACCAACUCUAGGGGAUCGAUCCACGGCGUCUCCUUCCUGCUUCAGAUCGGACUCACCAGGGAGACGGUCACCAUCGACCCCGGAGACCUGUCGCUGUCCGCUGUCAGGGAGCUCGUCUGCUCCAUCGUGGAUCAGAAGUUCCCUGAAUGUGGAUUUUUCGGGAUGUACGACAAGAUCCUGCUCUUUCGUCAUGACCUGAGCUCGGACAACAUCCUGCAGCGUCUGACCUCAGCGGAGGAGAUCCACGAGGGCGACCUGGUCGAGGUGGUGCUCUCUGCUCUGGCCACAGAGGAGGACUUCCAGAUCCGACCACACACGCUGUACGUCCACUCAUACAAGGCCCCGGCCUUCUGUGACGACUGUGGGGAGAUGCUGUGGGGUCUGGUCAGACAGGGCCUCAAGUGUGAAGGAUGUGGACUCAACUACCACAAGCGGUGCGCGUUCAAGAUCCCCAACAACUGCAGCGGCGUGAAGAAGAGGCGGCUGUCCAACGUCUCUCUGCCGGGCUCCGCCAUGUCCGUCGCUCGUCCGCCGUCCACUGAGUUCACCCCGAUGCCACAGGAGGAGCAGCGUCCCCUCCUGGGUGCCGCGAAGCGUAACUCCCUCCUGAGCGGCCGUCCCAUCUGGAUGGAGAAGAUGGUCCUGGGCCGGGUCAAAGUCCCUCACACCUUCUCCGUCCACACCUACACCCGUCCCACCAUCUGCCAGUACUGCAAACGCCUGCUGAAGGGCCUCUUCCGCCAGGGGCUGCAGUGCAAAGAUUGUAAAUUCAACUGCCAUAAGAGAUGCGCCGCCAAAGUACCUCGAGACUGCCUCGGAGAGGUCGACUUUAACGGAGAGCCGGCCAGUCCCAGUCUGGACUCGGAGGCAACGAUGGAGGUUGACAACUGCGACGUCAACAGCGAUGGAGGUCACAGCAUGGACGAGCAGGACGAGCUGUCCACCUCCGAGGAAAAGAUGUUCUUCAUCGAGGGCCCCUGCACCGACGGUGACAAAGACGACGAGACGGUCAGAGCGAUCAGCCCGUCAACCAGCAGUAACAUCCCUCUGAUGCGUGUGGUUCAGUCCAUCAAGCACACCAAGAGGAAAAGCUCCACGGUGGUCAAAGAGGGCUGGAUGGUGCACUACACCAGCCGAGACAACCUGAGGAAGAGACAUUACUGGAGGCUGGACAGCAAGAGUCUGACUCUGUUUCAGAAUGAAAGUGGAGCCAAGUAUUACAAGGAGAUCCCCCUUUCCGAGAUCCUGCAGGUAGAGCCGGCGCAGGACUUCAGCAGCCUGCCUCAGGGCAGUAACCCGCACUGCUUCGAGGUCAUCACAGCCAGCAUGGUGUACUACGUCGGCGAGGACAAUGGCGGGCUGUACCACAACCCCGUGUUGGCGGCAUCCGGCGUGGGGCGGGACGUGGGCCAGAGCUGGGAGAAGGCCAUCCGACAGGCCAUGAUGCCUGUUACGCCCAAAGCCAGCGUCGGCGCAGGGCCAGGCCAAGGGAAGGACCACAAGGAACUUUCUAUCAGCAUAUCAGUGUCUAACUCCCAGAUUCAAGAAAACGUGGAUAUCAGUUCAGUCUAUCAGAUCUUUGCUGACGAGGUUCUCGGCUCGGGACAGUUUGGGAUCGUCUACGGAGGCAAACACAGAAAGUCCGGCAGAGACGUGGCGAUCAAAAUCAUCGACAAAAUGAGGUUUCCCACGAAGCAGGAGAGCCAGCUGAGGAACGAGGUGGCCAUUCUCCAGAACCUCCACCACCCGGGGAUCGUCAACCUGGAGUGCAUGUUCGAGACCCCCGAGCAGGUGUUCGUCGUCAUGGAGAAGCUUCACGGCGACAUGCUGGAGAUGAUUUUAUCCAGUGAGAAGAGUCGACUCCCCGAACGCCUCACCAAGUUCCUGGUUACACAGAUCCUGGUGGCCCUCCGUCAUCUUCACUUCAAGAACAUCGUCCACUGUGACUUGAAGCCGGAGAACGUCCUCCUGGCCUCAGCAGAGCCCUUUCCUCAGGUGAAGCUCUGUGACUUCGGCUUCGCUCGUAUCAUCGGGGAGAAGUCGUUCCGCCGCUCCGUGGUCGGCACUCCGGCCUACUUGGCCCCCGAGGUGCUCCGCAGCAAAGGCUACAACCGAUCUCUGGACAUGUGGUCGGUCGGCGUCAUCGUCUACGUCAGUCUGAGCGGGACGUUUCCCUUCAACGAGGACGAGGACAUCAACGACCAGAUCCAGAACGCUGCCUUCAUGUACCCGCCCAACCCCUGGAAGGAGAUCUCAGAGGAGGCCAAAGACCUGAUCAAUAACCUGCUGCAGGUGAAGAUGAGGAAGCGCUACAGCGUGGACAAGUCUCUGAGCCACCCCUGGCUGCAGGACUACCACACUUGGUUGGACCUCAGGGAGUUUGAGACGCGGCGACGCGAGCGUUACAUCACCCACGAGAGCGACGACGCCCGCUGGGAGGAACACGCCGACGAGAACGGCCUGCACUACCCCAAACAUUUCAUCAUGUCGCCCAACCUGGACGACAUGGACGAGGACCCCUAGAGGCCCGGCAGGGUCAGCAUCUCCAACAAGGGAGUUGUCAAAUCCUGGAAACUGUCGCCAUGGAGACUGCGAGCUUUUCCCCAUGAUGGCGCAGGACAACGCACAUUCCUGGAGGACGUGUUGGUCAGGCAGCUGUGUGAGGACACUGUGACACCACAGCAAUAAUUCAGGGCCAGAGAUGUUUAAUUUUUCACAUAUUUUACUUUUUUCCCCUGUUUUUUCUACAAGCCAUAAACAAACAGACCUUUUUGAGCCGAAAGCUGGAAGUUUUUUGUUUUUUUCCCUCAGAAAUCAUUCAGUCUGUCAGUGGAGCUGUGGAAGGGCUAGUUGAAAACCAGAUCAGAGACUUUAUACACUUUUUCAGCUGAAAUGGCAGAUUUUAGCCGGUGGUUUUUACGUCUGAGAUCUCCUGAAGCCGUGUAGAGGAAAGUCGUCCUUUGUGACUCUAAGUAGAACACACGAGAAACAAACAUGUCCUGACUAUAUAUUGUUUUGCUCCUUAUUGAGAUGUCUUUGCACUAUUGGGAAACUCUUUACAGUAAAUUUCACUGACAAUAACUUUUGGUUUGUUCAUCUGCAAAAGUAUUUUUUUUAAAUGAGGAAUAACUUGAAGAACAAACAGCUACAUUAGCGCCGCCGCUAGGCUGAAACUUCUGAUUGCAAAUCAGAACAACAAAUGUGAAAUCAAAAAGGUUUAUUGUCCGUACUUUACACUGACUGACAUCUCAGUCACGUCUGUACAAAGUAUGAGAGUAUCAUAGAAAAUGUGUAGGGACAAAAUAAACUAUAAUUUAUUUGUUGUGAUAUCACAUUUACAGCUGGCUGUAUGUAACAGUUAUGUGAUAAAACUGUAUUAAUUUAAUGCAACUGGCGCUCAAAAAAGGAAAAAAAAAAAGUAUCACUUGAUUUUUUUUUCCAGUCUUGGUUGAUUUAUCUUUAUUAAAUAAUUAGCAAAACAGCUGUUAUUUUUUUAAAGGGUUAUUUUCUCUAGCGGAUACACAAUCGUUGUCCUAUAAGCCAGUAAGUGACAUCUUUCAGUUCGGGACCAAUAAACAGACAAAUGUAAAACAGACAUGUAGGAAUUAUAUUUCAGUUUUUUGUUUUUUUUUCACGCCUUCUCGGGCCUUUUUUAAAAGGAAACUAAAUCCUUUGCUUUGAAGACUUUUUCUUUACUUUACUCGCCUUUAAACUAAAGGCUGAGGUCACAGAUGGGGAUGUUUUCAGCUAAUAUUACUACGUCAAAGUGUGAAAAUCCUAAUGGGCAUUUCCAGUGUUUUGUACUCAGUGUUCAUUUUUCCUGAAAUAAUCUUUACUUUGCACUAAUCGUAGAGAAAAGUUUAUCAUAUUUACAAGCUGACUUUAACUUAACAAGUCACAGGAAGUGAAGAGUAUCUUCAGCGUGGGCCUUCUUUCCAUUGGCUAUGAGUUAUGCUAACUUUGCUUUAGCUUCCUUCAUUUAAGAAAUUUAGCAAACAAACAAUGUAAAGAAAACGUACAUCAGGGAAAGUUGUGCAAGUUUCUGGAAGUUUUCUUUGUACUUUUUUUUUCCUCAAAAACUUUUUAAACAUGUCUACGAGUCCACCAAAGUAAACACAGUCUGGCUUUUUAGAUUAGCUUCUCCAGCUAACUGCACAUUAGCAUGUUAAAAUCUCCAAUGUGAGCCUCUGUAAUGUUUACCAGAUAACAUGACAUAACAUUUUGCAUUUAAACUUGUUAGCAAAUUAUUAAUACCCUGUGAAAAAGGUGGAGUUUGCGUACUAACAUUUAGCAGGGUAAACUUUCACUGUGCUAGCAUUUAGCAUUACAGGGUAACACGCUAACUUUUGCAUGUUAGCUUUAAUAUUUUGUUCUUAAGAAUUUUUUUGCUCUAUUUCAAAAGCUCAGGGUAAUUUUAAUGCUCUUAACCCAAAAAGCUCCAUUUAAACGCAGACAGCAGGCUGCUGCAUACAAUCUGUGGUUAUUUGACAACAACUCAAUACUUUUGCAGACAAACCAACCGUUAUUUUCAGCGGGAUUUCCUUUAAAACUCUGGAUGAAAACAAGCUGAGAAUCGAGCUGCUACUGUCUCUUUGUCUUUCUGAACUCUAACACGUCGUCGAUCCUAAACUGACUCCAGCCUGAGAAUUUAUUUCACAUUUUAUAUUUUUGCAAGAAAUGUUUUGUCAUGUAGAUGAUUUUGACGGGAAAAUAUUAAAGCUAAAUGGCAAACUUUGGGAAACUCAA